UUUUUUUUAAAAAAAAUUUUAUUAUUUUAGAUAUAUAAUAAUUAUUAUUAUAAUUUGACUAAAAAAAAAAAAAAAUGCCACUUAGAACUAUAGUACCAUUACCUCUUAAUAAAAAAAAAUCGCCGCCUGGUGCGUCAUCAAGAUCAUCAAGACAAUUAGAAGAAGGAUCAGAGAAGGAAGAUAUAGGAACGGAUUUUGCCUCACCACAAUUACCACCUAGAAAGAUUAAACCAUACGUUGGAUUGAGAAGCAAACUUUCUUUGUCAUGGGUAAAUUAUACAGUAAUAGCAUUAAUGUUUAUAAUAUUAAGAUUAUUUAUUGCUAUGAAUUCAAUUGAACCGAUAAUUGAUCAAGUUAAAGAAAAAGCAAAUAGAUCAUGUGAUGCACUUGAAGUUGCAUCUUCAACUGUAACUUCUUUACCACAUUUUAUGGCAGGUGGAUUUAAUCGAGCAACAAUUGAUGGUGUUAAUCUUACAAUUAAAGGAGCUGCAAGAAUGAUAGAUUUAUUAAUCGUUGCAAUGGAUGGUAUUAUAAUUUGGUUAAUACAUGUUUAUACUCGUACAUAUCAGUGUCUCUUGGAAUUUGCUAUAAGAGGAUCAAUCGGAACUUUGACAGCAUCUAUUCAAGCAAUAGGAGAUGCUACAAACGGUCAGCUUAAUGGAAUUAAGACACAAAUAGAUUCUCAACUUUCAGGAGUAAAUUCAGCUAUAAAUAAAGCACGUGAAUUUAUUGAUAAAAUACCCAAUAAUCCUUUUAAACCUUCUUUGCCAGAUACAGUUACGAUAUCAUUAGAUUUUUUAAAUAAUUUUCAAUUACCAACAACCGAUAUUAAUAAUGGUCUUAAUACGUUAAAUGGAAAUAUUCCUACAAUGAGCGAAAUUGAAUCAAAAGUUUCAGGUUUAAUCUCUAUACCAUUUCAAGAAUUAAGAGGAACUGUUAGUGGUAUUAUGUCAAAUGUAAAAUUUAAUGAAACUGCUUUACCAGUACCACCAAAGAAUCAAAUUAAUUUUUGCGCGGAAAAUUUGGAUCUUAGCAUUCUUGAUGACAUUUCACGUGAUCUCAUUAAAGCAGCUCGUAUUGGUCUUGGAAUUAUUUUUGUAGUAGUGUUAUUAAUGAUUGUGGCUAAUGCAUUAGUAAUUUGGUAUACUCAUAUAAGAUAUAAAUUGCAUAUCAGUCGAACGACCAAAACUGUAAAAUUAAUUAAUUUAAAAUCAGACAAAGAUUCAGUAAUCGAAGUGAUCAAAAUAGCCGAACAUCCUUUUAUCAUGAGGUGGAUUAUAAAAGCUUCAAAAUUAUUUAAGAAUCGGGAAAAUGGUGAUUUAUUCAGAUGGUUUUGUGAUUAUAUUUUACAUAAACCCGCGUUAAUCUGUUUAAUUAUUGGUAUGUCAGGUAUAAUAGGAAUUUAUUUACAAUUAGCUGUUCUUCAUGCGGUUAAAAAUAAUUAUAAACAACCAAUCGCUGAUGCUGUAAGUAAUUUUGGUAAUUCCGUUGGAAAUUUAAUUAAUUCUCAAUUAUCUUCAACAUCAAAUCAAUUUGCAUCCGAUAGUAACAAUGUAAUUGGGUUACUAGAAAAUGAUUUAAACCAGGAUUUACUUUCAUGGGUUAACGUUACAACCACCACAUUAAAUAAUACAUUAAAUACUGCUGUAGAUGAAAUUACUACCUUUGUUCAAAAUACCUUUAAAGAUGUACCAGUAUUAAUACCAAUUGUGCAACAAUUAGUUGAUUGUCUAAUUUUGACAAAAGUUGAAGGAAUUCAAGCGGGAUUAACUUUUAUUCAGAACAAUGCUUUUAUUGGAUUACCUCGUGUAAAUAAUUCUCUUUUAUUACUUAGUAAGGAUAAUAUGGAUGAUGUUGUUGGUCAAGUUACAACUAAUCUUGUUGGUUCUCCUCUUUCUGAAAAUGGUAAUGGUAAUGGUGAAAUUGGGGGUGAAAUUGGUAAAAUAUUUGAUACUUAUGAGAAAAAUUUACGUGCUGAAUUACCAUUAUUUUAUGUAUUAACAUCCGUAUGGUUUAUUGUAAUAUUAAUGGGAAUAAUUCGUGUAUUGUGGUUCAUAUAUCAAAGAAGGAAAAAUGCUAGAUCGAUGAUUAAUGAUAUUACACAUAAUUCGGAUUCACCCACCGCUUCUGCUCAACCUUCUCAAUUUAGUAAAAGUAUUAAAGAAGAUGAUGAAAACAAAUUUAAUACUUUACGUUCAAAGAUGAAUGCUCUAAAAAAUAAUCGUUUCUCACAAAAAAAUAUUGUAAAUCCAACUUUUCCGAGAAGUUAUAGUCCACCUCAACCGGAUGAUAAUGAAACAUAUGAUGAUUAUAAUGAUUCUUUAACUGAUGGUCAAUAUCAUGUUAAACCAACAUUACCUCCUAAACCAUUACCACUUAAAAGACAUGAUAUCAGAGAUAAAAAUCCUUUUGAAUCAAACAAUUAUUAAAUAGGUUUGGUAUUAUAUAAUAGUUCUAAUUAGUGGCAUUUUUUUUUAUAUAUAUACAAA